GUGACUCGGGUUGCGGUAGGUUCACUGUGACGUAACAAUACGUCAGCGAGCGGCGGUGCAGACGCGACGAGCGAGCAGCAGAAACGGACGGCCUCGGGCCCAGUGAUGGCAGCGGAAGCAACGAAACAAAAUGUCUGCGCCGCUAGAGCUGCACGUGUCAAUUACAUCAACUACAAUGAAGAAGAUCAAAUGGAAGUGUUGGGCUACACGUGGUGCAGAUUGAGGUCAACACUCACGUGGGCGGGGGUGGUCCUGACGCUGGGGGCACUUCGCCUCGUGUUUCACUGGUACCCUCAGUUGUUACUGUACGCCACUCACGCUCCCUGCCCCCUCAGUACCGCCACCAAACUGCUUGUAGUGGACAACUAUCUGGGCAGAUUCAAGACAUAUUUUGUCAAGGAUGUGAAGACCAUUUCAACAGAGGGCGCGAGCUCUUCGAGCGGCGGCAAUGCAGCACACGCGGGGUCGGCGGGCAAUCCGAGUUGCGGAGUUCGCGUACAGCUCAGUAAUGGUUUCUCGAAAGAUAUCCAGAAAUUUCGAGCAGUAUGGAUAAAGAAGUUGUGUUACAUCUGGGACGAGAAUCGAUCAGAGUUCGUCAAGUUGGCAGGCCUGGACAAGGGUCUCACUAAGUCAGAGCUCCACGGGUACUCGGGGUUACACGAGUACCAGCAGCAGCUGAGACGAACUGUGUAUGGCUUCAACAACAUCCCAGUCGAGGUGCAAAGCCGGCUGAAGCUGCUGCUCCUAGAAGUCAUCAACCCGUUCUACAUAUUCCAGUUGUUCACCCUAUGUGUGUGGGCCGCCGAGGGUUACUACUACUAUCUCAUUGCCAUCGUCCUCAUGACGUCUUUCGGCGUCACUAGCACCAUAAUUCAGACGCGUAAGAACCAGCAGAGUUUACGUGACACCGUUCAGUCUAGCGAUGUAGUGACUGUAUGGAGGGGUGCUGACAAGUAUGAGGAGCUGCCCACGAAGCAGCUUGUGCCUGGUGACGUCAUCAUCAUCCCCCCACAUGGCUGCGACAUGCACUGCGACGCCGUGCUCUUGAGCGGGACGUGCAUCGUUAACGAGAGCAUGCUCACAGGUGAGAGCGUGCCGGUAAAUAAGACGUCACUCCCGCGGCUCUCAGGCGUUCUUUACGACCAAAAAGAGGACGUCAACCACACGCUUUUCUGCGGCACUAAGGUGAUACAAACUCGCUUCUAUGGCAAAGAGAAGGUGCGCGCUGUGGUUCUGCGCACCGGCUUCCUGACCGCCAAGGGUAGUCUGGUGCGCUCCAUCAUGUACCCGCCGCCCGCAGACUUCAAGUUUGAUCAAGACUCAUACAAAUUCAUCGGCAUCCUGGCCGCCAUUGCUACAAUCGGAUUUCUCUACACUCUCGUGCUCAAGAUCGGAAGGGAGGUUGCGGCCGGUGACGUGGCGAUCAAGGCACUCGAUCUCAUCACAAUCGUCAUACCCCCCGCUUUGCCGGCCGCGAUGACCGUCGGCAAGUUGUACGCACAAAACAGGUUGCAUGCCUGCAAGAUCUACUGCAUCAACUCCAGGGUCAUCAACGUUGCUGGCUCCAUCAACUGCGUGUGCUUUGACAAGACAGGGACGCUGACAGAGGACGGGAUGGACAUGUGGGGUGUUCUGCCGGUGGACGAUCGCAGGUUCCAAGCGGCCGUGAAAGACAUGGCGCUACUCAGCAGAGAACCACUGCAGCUCGGAAUGGCUUCGUGUCACUCUCUGACGCUCAUAAACGGCGCGCUGUCGGGGGAUCCCCUGGACGUGAAGAUGUUCGAGGCGACAGGCUGGAAGCUGGAGGAACCGGAAGUGGCUGAUCAGGAGAAGUACGAUCUCAUCGUGCCGACCAUAGUGAAGUCUCCCGCUGGGCGCGGUCAUGACGAGUUGCCGUCAGAGAUCGCGUUGGUACACCAGUUCCAGUUCUCAUCAACGCUACAGCGCAUGAGCGUGGUAACGAGGGAGCUGGGGUCGCAGGACUUCGUGCUGUACUGCAAGGGCUCACCCGAAAUGGUGGUGUCGCUGUCCCGGCCCGAAACAGUACCGGAGGAGCUUAACGUCACGCUGCAGACGUACACGGAGCAGGGUUACAGAGUCAUAGCACUGGGCAGGCGCACCCUGGCGGAGACAAGCUACACCAAAAUACAGCGCAUGCGCCGUGAGGACAUGGAGAAGGACCUAGAGUUCCUGGGCAUGAUCGUGCUGGAGAACAGGCUGAAACCGGAAACCGAGCCUGUGAUCGGCGUGCUGAAGGCGGCGCACCUGAAGAUCGUCAUGAUCACAGGAGACAACAUCCUCACGGCUGUCAGCGUGGCCAAGGAGUGCGGUAUCUUCUCUCCAGGAGAGACAGUGGUGAAUGUAACAGCAGUUCCUGCGGUCAAGGGCACGCCGGCCAGGGUCUUCUACACAUCCCCGAAAGAUCUGAUGGCUGUCAUACCAAACGGCCAACAUGACGUGGAGGCAGGUAUCGGACAGGAGUGCUUCAAGUUGGCGCUGACAGGGAAGACGUGGGCCAUAAUUAGAGACAGCUUCCCUGAGCUCGUUCCGCGCCUCUGCACCAGGGGCGCUGUGUUCGCUCGCAUGAGUUCGGAUCAGAAGCAGCAGCUAGUUCAGGAACUACAAGGACUUGGCUACUAUGUGGCAAUGUGUGGUGAUGGAGCAAACGACUGUGGCGCACUCAAAGCGGCUCAUGUUGGAAUCUCUCUCUCUGAAGCCGAGUCCUCGGUGGCGUCCCCAUUCACAUCGAAGGACGCAAACAUCUCUUGCGUCCCUAAGGUUAUUCGUGAGGGACGGGCAGCCCUGUCGACAUCAUCAGGGAUCUUCAAGUUCAUGGUGGCGUACGCCCUCACCGAGUUCAUCUCCUGUAUCAUCCUUUAUGCCGUGGAGAGCAAUCUGUUUGAUCUGCAGUUCCUGUUCAUCGACAUCUGCCUUAUUGUGAACUUCGGGUUCUUCUUCGGCAAGACUCGGGCUUAUGCAGGACCCCUGGUCAGGGACCCGCCCCUAACUAGUCUCCUAUCAUUCAUCCCUCUCACGUCACUCACCCUGCAUGUCACCAUCAUCACGGCCGUCCAACUCGGCGCCUUCUUCUGGGUCAGGCAGUUCCCGUGGUACUCCGACUACAAGCGGAUCCCUGACAGCUAUGCUUGCUACGAGAACUACGCGGUUUACUGCGUGUCCCUGUUCCAGUACAUUGCGUCUGCCGUGGCAUUCUCGCAGGGCAAGCCGUACAGGAAGGAGAUAUACACCAACGUGGCCCUGAUGAUUUCCCUGGUGAUCAUGACCCUCAUCUGUGCCUACAAGACGAUGUAUCCUGCACAGUGGAUUACGGACUAUUUCGGGUACAUCCAACCUCCAGCCUUCGACUUCAAGGUAAUCAUCCUCUGCCUUGCUGUCAGCCAUUUUGUGCUGGUGGUGUUCGCUGAAGACGUGCUGGUCAACUACGUGCUGGCAAAGAUCAUUAGGCCAAUGUGGAAAAAGAAGGCAGGACUGACGACCAACGAAGAGAAAUUUCUGGCAGUAGACAGAGAACUGGCUGCCGAAAUGUGGCCCCCGGUAACCACAGAAUUGCCGAUCAAACUGAAUGCUUCGGUCACUGAAUUGCGUGCGCCACUGGAUACGGCGGAAAUUCAUUUCAGAGCCGAGAGAGGGCCAGAGAGUUCCUUGGCUAGCCACGAGAUGGCAGACCAGGCUCUAUGAAGAAGCCACGAAUGUAGAGGCUUCUAAUGCGAAUGACUUUAGACAGUGAUGAAGUGACAUUCCUUGACUAGCCACGAGAUGGCAGACCAGGUUUUGUGAAGAAGCCACGAGUGUAUGGGCUUCUGAUACGAGUGAAUUUCGGCCAUUUCGGCAGUGAUGAAGGGACAUAAUGUUAUAGACUGAAGCGUUUUUCACUCCGUAACAAGUGCUUCCGUUAAGUGACGUAUGUAUAUGUAGUGACAAUAAUCAAUUGUAUAAUGUGAUGAAUAUUUAAGUUAUUUUACUUUGGAAAUAUUCUUGAUGUAUUAUUUGCAUCAAAUUCUGUUUUCAUAUUACUAUUUCAUUUCUUGAAAGGCCGCGCCAU